CUGUGUACUUUUCUCACAGCAUAUCGGCUGGCAGCAGCAGAAGAAAAUGCAAUGGAGAUGGCAAAUCCACAGAUGGUGCAGCUGCUGGAGCUGGGCACUGUCGAUGUCAUCCCCGCGUGUGUCUGCAAGGAUGACCAGGGCAUGCCCCCAUGGGGCAUUGGGUUUCUGCAUGAGUUUGUGUCGUGAAGCCUUGGCAAGGCACAUCUGACAGCAAAUCCUGGGUUGGUGCAUUGGCC